AUGCAGUACAGGUGGAAGGGAAGAAGGAAAGGAGCAAGAUUCCUAGACCUCAGCGGCGGCCAGCUGGGCUCAGGCACUUCCUCCCGACGUGGUUGCUGCUGCCCCCGGUGCCUGUACACAGCGUCGAGGCUAGGAGAUUCAGGACCUCGCUUCCCUGCCCCGCGGCUCCGAUGCGCUGCCCCCCUGCUGCCCACCUGCCUUGCGGGGGUGAUUCCGGUGCUGGACCACUGCCGCUGUUGCCGCGUCUGCGCCGCGGCCGAGGGCGAGGCCUGCGACGGGGCGCGCGGACGUCCCUGCGCGUUGGGCAUGCCGUGCCGCGCGCCGUUCAGACGCGAGGGCCUCGGCGGCGCGUGGCUCGGCACUUGCGGCUGCCGCGGCGGGCGCACCUACCCCAGCCUGUGCGCGCUCCGCGCCGAGAACCGCGCCGUGCGUCCCCGCGGCGCGCUCCCGGCCGUGGCGGUGCAGAAGGGAGGCCGCCGGGACCCAGGGAUCCGAAGGGCAGGCUGGCUCAGGAACAAGGACGACUUCAUCGCCGCUGUGGUGGAGAAGGUGGCGCCAUCUGUGGUUCACUUGGAGCUGCUCUUCAGGUUAAGGAGGUCACCUCUCAGCACUAUGGACAUUCCUACACGCAGUGGCUUUGGGUUCAUAGUAUCUGAGGAUGGGCUCAUUGUUACCGACGCUCAUUUCCUUACUAAGCCGCAGUGGAUCCAGGUGGAGCUCCAGAAUGGGGGCCAGUAUGAAGCCACUGUCAAGGACAUUGACUAUAAGCUGGACCUUGCUUUGAUUAAGACCGAGCCAAAUACUGACCUUCCUGUAUUGCUGCUGGGAAAAUCAUCUGACCUUCAGGCUGGAGAGUUUGUGGUGGCCUUGGGCAGCCCAUAUUGUCUGCAGAACACGGUGACAGCAGGAAUUGUCAGCAGCACACAGAGGGGCAAAGAGCUGGGGCUGAAUGAUUCAGACAUGGAUUAUAUCCAGACUGAUGCCAUAAUUAAUCAUGGGAACUCUGGGGGGCCUCUGGUGAACUUGGAUGGUGAUGUGAUUGGCAUAAAUACACUGAAGUUGACAGCAGGGAUCUCUUUUGCAAUUCCCUCAGAUCGAAUUCGACAGUUCUUGGAAGAGUUCUAUGAGCGCCAGUUGAAAGGAAAGGUUCUUUCACAGAAGAAAUACCUGAGUCUGCAAAUGUUGCCCCUCACUAUGAACCUUCUGCAAGAAUUGAAAAGGCAGGAUCCAGAUUUCCCUGAUGUGAGUUCAGGGGUUGUAUAUGAAGUGAUUCAAGGAACAGCUGCUGAAAGCUCUGGGUUGAGAGACCACGAUGUAAUUGUCAGCAUAAAUGGGCAACCUGUUACCACUACAACUGAUGUUACUGAAGCUGUUAAGGGCAAUGAUUCCCUUUCCAUCGUGGUUUGUUGGAGAAGUCCAACUUUGAUCCUGACAGUCGUACCUGAAAUAAUCAAUUGAGCAUCUUGCUUUAAAGAGAGAUGAUCUAACAAAACCAAAGCUGUAUUCCCUGGUUGGUACAGAAGGUAUGCCAAGGAUGGCAAGGUGUUUUCGGCGCUCUUUUUUACAAAGAAAAAUAAAUGCUUUAAAAUACACCCACAUGUUCAGGGAUCAUUAGGUUGGGGGUGUGGUACUGCUGCUGAAAAGCCUGACUAAGCAGAAUGGAAGGAUGUGGUGCCAGGAAGUCUGGGAAGCUGAUAAAAUUGUAUUUAAAGAUAAACAAUGGGAAAACAGGCCUAGUUCCUAAUUUAACUUGGAGAGAGGGGCUUCAGUAUUUUAAAAUUCCUCUAUUGCCGCAAACUCAAUAUAACACAUACAUACAAAUAGAUCUACCUACCAAAUAUUAAGAAACAUCCAGAAUUCAGAGUGCAAGG